AUGACGCAUGCUGAAGAUGAAGUGGUCAAAUCCGACGGCGUGGGUGUGUUUGGAUGGGAUGUGGGGACAGCAGUUGCAAAGACUGAUACCGAGAGUACACGUAUUGGCGUUGGAGCCCCAAUUGACGUAGGAACCGCGGUUGAAGUUGUGACCACGGUUGAUAUUGGAACGCCAGUUGACGCUAGAACCACGGUUGGUGUAGAUAGGAGUACUGCCGGAACAAUGACGGGGCGGACCGGAGAGCGACCUAAGUUAUAUUACUUAGAUUCUGGUCCUCGACAGGUGAAGCGUUCUCGUUCGGAGUCUAUUCGUGAUUUCAUUUUCUCGUUGAGGAAGUCUCCGUCUAAGUCGACUGGGCGUAUGUCAACUGGAGUGGAGCAAAGUCCAUGUUUUCGUAUCGCCUCCAGUGAAGGAAGAAAAGCGCGACGUGGGGAUACGGCGUUGGGUGCGAAGAGUUGCGUCGUUCGCAGCCGUAAGACGCAAACUGAGACUCCCGUAAAACCCGUAGCGAAGCCGUAUGUGUCGCGAAAGAAGAGGCCUGCUAGUCGAUCGACCGGUCGUAGUGGAAGCAGGUCGUCGAGUUUGUACGUUCCGUCGGCCAAGGAUUUACCUCGACCUGCGGCCUCGAGCUGCUUCGACACAAGCUGGUUCGACUCCAGCUGUUUCGUCGCCAAGCCCCCGGCGACGGGUGUCCAGACGAGGCGUUCUGGAUCUGAGUCCAGCGAGUCUUUGAGACUUCCUCCGCCCGCGUCCAUUUUCACGAGUCUCUCGCGUAACACCAGCACCACCUUCGGCGAGCUGGUCGGACAUGGUGACCGAAGUGACUCAGACGCCCUAACUGGCUCCGACGCCCAGGGUGGCUCCGAAGCUGAGCCGCUCCGGGCUUCCGAGAACGACUCAGCGGUUCCGCACACGCGUGUGCGGAAACAUCCGAGACGAUCGAAAGACGGUUUUGGACCGAAAGACGGUUUUGGACCGAAAGAUAGCACGACCGAAUACAAGUCGCUCGCAGGCACUCAGACCAUCCCUAGUCAAUUGCUCCCGCUCAAGUCUCUGGGCUCGUGGUUAGCUUCCGAUAACGACACACCUAACUUCACUAAAAGGAGCCACCGCGGCUCAGCACGGUCCAGCCGCAAGCACCGCAGAAGAAACGACCAGGCCAACAUGCGCGGCAACGCAGCUGCCGAGACGACCGAGGCUCGUAGGAUCCGUCUAGUAAAAACUCCCGUGACAGCAAAGGGCAGACCCGGGCAUGACGAAACUCGGCACGAUGGACUUAGGCGUGAUGGAGUUAGGCGUGAUGGAGUUAGGCAUGAUGGGCCCAGGUUGAGAGGGGGUGUGCAAUUUAGUGAAGGGGUAACGGAAGUGGUUUUGAGUUCGUACAACGACUCCGAAGAUGGAAGCCACUUUGUGGCUGUUCGGGAACGUGACCGUGUUGGGCGGGAACGUUGGGCAUCAUCGCGGUCAAGGGCUGCCCAUACUCGUCGACGGUCUUCGGAGCAGCAGCAUCUUUACAGAAAGAACGGAUCCGACGACCGGUUCCGGGAGCGUCGUUAUUUCAAGGACGAGGUUGGGUACGUUGGGAAGUACGGUAACGGCGGGAAUGAGCCGCGUGGUCCUUUCGACACGAAUGAGCUUUGUGGAGAAAAGAUCCGUCGGGGCCGCCGGCGUCGCGGAGAACAUUCUACCAUGGGAGAACAUUCUACCAUGGGGGUGGCGACGACCCGUGCCGUAAUCGCUGGCCCGGAGCAAAGCAAGGAGCGAGCAACGAAGGGGGUGCAGCUAGAUUCGGCGGAUUUACGGGGGUCCAGCAUCUGUGUCCCCACCCGUCGGCGUCGGGCGGUAGCACAGACGGUUGAGGUGCAGUACAUUGAACGCCUGGAUUCAAACCAUGCGAGCGAGGACGAUUCGGGAUCCGAGUAUACCUCGGACAGCACCCCCGCCCAAUCCCUCAUGUCCGUUGACACCGUCUCACAACACUCUGGUCCGGAGUUCGACGACCGACUUUCUCCGCCGCCAAAACCGCAGCAGGUAAAGAGAAUUCGCAUAACGCCACAACCACCGACGACUCAAGCCCAACUACCCAAUCAGGUCACCCGUGGUGUCGCUGCAGCCGGUCCUGGGUUCGACGUAACACGCAUCGGACCCCACACCAAAUCGCUCGCAAGUGCCAUGAUCGUAGGUGAUUCGGGAUUGCCUUCCCGGUUGAGAAGUGCCACAACCAGCGCACAAGCCACCACCACAAGUGCAGAGAUCGCGACCAAUACGGGGGAGUCCGAACCCGCAGUGGUGCGGGAGGUUCAAGAUUCAAAGCACAAGACGGCGAAACCAGAGGUUACGGGAAUGACCAAAACUAGAGCACCUCUACCCCAGUGCAUCCUCACAGUAAAUCUGGAAGAAGCUGAUCACGACUUGCCCAGUCCCAAGAUGGUCAGUCGUGUAGACCAGUGGCUCCUCAGCGAAGGGUCCGUAUCCGGCUAUCAAGACAGCCCUAGGGUACUUUCAGGCUCUGGUACCCACACAGAGGAUACGUACACCGAAAACACUGUGAGCGACGAACCGGCUGUAAAGCAAGAUGACUUCGCCACUGGGGACUUCAUUACUCCGGACCUGAGUACUUCGGACUUCAGUACUCCGGACUUGAGUACCCAGCACUUUACUGGUCAGAACUUUAUGGAUGGCUUGCCUCAAGACAGAGGCGCCUUGAAGAGCGAGCGUACGAAACUAAGUCGGGCUCAGGACGGAAGAGUGCCGGGACCUAGGUCGGGACCUAGGCCGGGACCUAGGUCGGGACCUAGGCCGGGACCUAGGUCGGGACCUAGGCCGGGACCUAGGCCGGGACCUAGGUCGGGACCUAGGUCGAAGGGUUACAAGGUCCAGACGCGAAGCAAUUCAACUCACUACGAUGCUACCGACCGUGUGCCGUAUAGGUCUGAGGCGAGCAGCAGGAAAACAAGCCGUGUUACGCAGGAAAACAGUCGCAAUGAAGGUAGGGCACGCAAUGAAGACAGGGCCCCGAACGUUGAUAGGGCACGCGAUGAAGGUAGGGAUCGGAACGAAGGCAGGACCCCGAACGUUGAUAAGGGGCGCAGAGAAGAUAGGACUCGAAGCAAAGGUGCCGGUCGGAACAAGCACGCGAUCAGGGUCGCGUCAAGGAAAGGAAGAAGCAGCGCAGCUACUGGAGUAUGGCAAGGAGACAGGCCGGGGGCGGAGGGAUGGUCACGUGGGCGCAAGUCUGGGCGAGGCAGUUCGGUCACCAGAGGCAACAUGAACCGGACGUCUUCGUUGACCGGCCUUUCGUCAUUGCAUAGUUCUGAAGAAGCUGUCGCUCGAGAGUAUUUUCUUGGUCCUCGAGCCGUUGGUAGACGCAGAGAUUCGAGGAUUGUGUUGUCAACAAGCUUCGGACAGGCUAUUACUGAGUGCGUGUGGAAGAAGUUGAAUGCGGAUGAGGACCUGUGCUGCAAUUCGCAUGCUGUGAAGGUGCAGGUCCGGGAGCCUUUAGACCACAUUCGGAAUAAAGGGGACCACGGUUCCGAACGUUCAGGUAAGAUUCAGAUCCGUAAACGCAGACUGGGUAGACAUCAAACGAAAGCGUCGGUUACCAGAGCGGUAAUAUGUUUCCCGAGCUAA